AUGGACCAUUCCAUGCUUGAAGUAGUCCUGUCUGAGAUGGAACCUCAAGAUCCAAACUUGGAAGAUCUUGAUAUCCAGCAAGAUGAUCCUGUCCCAAUGGAAAACAAACCAGAGGGGAAGGAGAUAUCCGAGAAGAAAGAGAAGGAAGAAGAUGAGGAGAAGAAAUUCAAAUCCUUAUCCCCACUCUUUACCAACUCUGAAUACGAAUCCAUCCUUGAAGUUAUCCUCUCUGAUACUUCCGCGACUACAUUAAGUCGUAUGCUCAGGGUAUCUCGAGAUAUUCAUAGACUUAUUAUCACUUCUCCUAAAUUACAAUAUCGUCUUCGAUGUCAAUUCCACACCAUCGAAUCCGAACCUGAUCUUUCCGGAAAUGUGAAUCUCAAACUUGAAAACCUCAUAGAAGAUCAAAGACGUUUAGAUCGAUUCAUUCCGAGAGAAAUAUCAUGUUUACACGUUCCCACGGCGGAAGUCGUAGAUGUACAAGAUAACAAAAUGUUAAUGCUGGAAUCGAAUUCAAGAAAACCUUUAUGUACAUGUGAAGUACAUCCUAGAGGAGGAUAUGUCAAAGAUUCAUUUUCAGUUUGGCAACUUCGGUCUAAAAGAAAUCUCGACACUCAGAAAAUCGGGGUAGACGAAAAUACAAAUGUUGAUGAUGUGAAAGAAGGUGCUAUCUGUAUUUCUAGGGUAGUAUUGGAUUACGAAAUUAAAGGAAUCGCUUUUUGUCCAGAGGAAGAAAUCGUAGCUGUCGUUGGUCCAUGUAUGGCAGGAGAAGGAGAUUUACCUUUUGGUAAUAAACUCACUAUACGUCGUAUAAACCUUUAUCAUCUUUAUCCUGAACCUGAAACGAAUAUUCCUAGAAUACAUCCGAAAGCGAAAAUCCCAAUAAUCGAAUUUGUUUGUGCGGAAGAUUUCUCUUUAUCCGAAUCUAUCGAUAUGCAACUUAUAAAAGGUGGUAGGAUAGGGGUAUUAAAUCCUUGUUAUUCAGCAGGAGCUACUUUUACCGCUGUAUGGGAUUGGCAAAAAGGAAUUUGUUUAGGUUCAGCUUCACCUAUGUGCGGAGUCAACUUGAUUACUUCAUUCCGAUUUCUCACACCCGAUUGGCUUAUUUGUGGAGUAUACGAAACUGGUGAACGAAUUCAUAACAUUGAUGAAAGUUCCGUACCAGAAGAUGAAAUUUUCCCAUGUUUAGCAACUUUUGCUACAUUACCUUUGGAAAAUGGAAAAGGUCCUUCAAUACGUCAACAUCGUAUAGUUCGAACAGAUACAACACAAGAAGAAAUGGAAGUGGAUUUGGAUAAUGAAAUAAAUUCGACACCAUGUACUUGGUAUAGUUUUGAAAUACCACAUUGUAUCGCUUUAGCUGGAUUUUGUUUCCCACCUCUUAAUGUGAGAAGAGCACAACUUGAAGGGAUUCAAGAUGGUGUUGUAGAUACAGAAGAACGUUUCACUCCUACUGGUCUUGAUAUCGAUUUACCCUCACCGAUUUUACCUACAUUCGAAACUUCUUCAUCUAAAGAUCAUCUGGCGUUUUAUAUCAAAGGUAGAUGUGGAGUUGAAGGUGGUGAUCAAGCUCCUGUAGCUAUAAGUGGUUCUGUACCGGUUUCUAAAUUAUACGGUUUAUCAAUUCCUUCGGUGUUCAUGUUACUUGAACCUGAUGAAGGGUUUAAGGUCAAGUAUUAUCGUCAGGUCAUGAAUCAAAUAGGAAUGGAAAUGAUGGUUGAACAUAUGAUCAAGAAACAGACAGAGUUCGAAUCGAGUAAAUCGCAAGAAACAGAAAAAGAAACAGAAACAAAAAUUCAAGAUGAUGAAGAAGAUGAAGAUAUGUCAAAGGAUGAAGAUCACUCGGAAGAAAUAUCAGUGGACAAGAUGAAUGAUCAAGAAGAUAUUUCGGACUCUAUUCAAAACCAAGAUCAAGAGAAUGAAAUCAAGGUUUACCAAGAUGAAGAUAUCCAAAUCGAAGACAACGGAACGAAUCAAGAUCAAAAGGAAGACCACGAUCAUGAACAUGAGCACAAUGAUGACGCUGCUCAAGAACAUGGUCACGCUCAUGAACAUGAACACGAUCAUGACCAUCAUCAUACUCAUCUCCUUCAUGUUCCAUGGAAAGUUUGGUCAAAAAACGUAGAUAUACGUUAUCCAGAUAGUUCAUCUCAACCAAUUUCCAACGGUACACGUACUUUAUAUCCUUUUUUCGAUAUAGAUGACGAUAUGAUAGAUGUUGGGAUUUCAGAACCUAUCAAAAUUGAAAUGAUCGAUUAUAAUCAUUCUUCUUCAUAUGAUCCUAAAUGGGGUAAACCUUUAGGUAGUUUAUCUCUUAAACCAACAAACACUCAAAACCAAAACCAUAACAUUCCAACACAUGGGAUAUCUUCAAACGUCGAAGGGAUAUCUUCAACUUCAACUUCCCAAAUCACGAACUCAGACUUAAACAUCGAAGGGAAAUCUUCAAACACAAUCGAUACAGAAGAAAUGAAACAUUUUCAAACGAAUAAAAUACCAUGUGAUCAAUUAAAAAAAUGUAAUGGUAUUAAAAUAAUCAUAUCAGAUCGUGAUAAACAUAGCGCAAAAGAAACUGCCGGAUUUCCAGAAGAUAUUUUCAAAGAUGAACCUGAACCUAAACCCACAGGAUUAGAUGGAAGGGGUAUCAAGUUGGAUUUCCUUUUAGAAAGAGGAACGGAAUUUGAAAGAUUGUUCUUUAAUGGUGAUAAAGUCGUUUUUGCCAUUUCUGAAGGAGCUCAUAUACUCUCUUUUUAA